AUGGGCACUGUUGAUGCAUUGUUUGCUGUGAGAAUUUUAUUGGAAAAAGCCAUAGAAAUGCAAAAAAAGUUAUACAUUUGUUUCGUCGACUACGAAAAAUCUUUUGACAAAGUACAACACCCACUUUUAAUAGAAACAUUAAAGAUAGUCAAUCUGGACACAAAUGACUACAAACUGAUCGGAAACCUGUACUGGGACCAGACUGCCACAGUUAGACUGGACGACAUAGAAACAGCACCGUGCCAGAUAGAAAAAGGUGUUUACACUUUUCAAUGUCUUCUCAGAACAGUUAACACGGGAAUGUUUUUGCGGGAUGUAGGAAUCAAGGUCGGAGGAGUGAAUAUCAAUAACAAUAGUAGGCCGACGAUCUUGCGUGCAUUGCCACAUCCGCAACAGCGCUCUAACAGAUACUAA